AUGGGCACUAUCAAUAGUUGGAAGGAACUACAAAAUAUGGAAAGCCUAGCCUGUAGAACACGAGGUCUCGGUGUAUUUUCCGGUUUGAACGACAGAAUCAAUGACAAGCGGGGUUACAAUGUUGACAGUUCGAGUCACAGUGGAUUAUUUAUCUAUCAGAAUCAGGACCGAGAUCGACCAUCCAAAAUACCCAAUCCUCAUGUGGUGGUAUUUCAAGUCUGUAUCCAGAAUCGAUAUAAAUUAAACAAGAAAUACAGAAAAUGGUUGGCACUAUCAAACGGUGACAAACCUGAGGAUAAAGGUCUUCUAGCUCAAGCCAAGGUAGCAGCCGAUGCUGAAAAUGCUGAUAACAAUGCUGAACAGAAACGUCAACUGGGAAAGAAAGUCCGCUAUGGCGAGAUUGUACAGCUUAAACAUGUAUUUACUAAUAAAUAUAUACAUAUGUGUACGUCGCAGACCAGUCAAAAAGAUAAAAAUAAUAUGAUGAUUAUGUUGCAAGAUUUUAACGCUAAAAAUGCCCAAUUCCGUAUCUUGCCUCAAUAUAAAGUGAAGUCAGAGGGUGAAGUGGUACAAAUAUAUGACCAGAUUGUAUUUGAAAGUAUAAAAUCGCCUGGCCAUUAUUUUCAUGGUAGUGUCCCAUUUCAAAUAGACAUCAGCACAUUUGGAUCUGAAUUGAAUCUUGGUGUCGAGAGGUCUGGUUUUACAUUAGUUCGAUAUUGUAAAGAAAAUCCCGAUAUAGACCUUUAUGUUAAGAGAGGAAUCUCCCAGAUUCCCAAAUAUAUAAAGGGUGGUAGUGUUAUCAGGUUGUUUCAUAAAGAACUUGAAGCUUAUCUUGUUGCUGAAGGUCUGUUUGAUGAAGAAGUCACUGAAGAUGUGCAUUUUAGAAUCCGAGUUAUGGAUCAACAUAAACCCAGAACCUUAUCACCGCCCUCGUCUGGUAAUACAUUCUGGCAGAUUGAAUGUGAAAAUGGUAUCCUUAAUGGUGAUGUUAUACGUUGGGAACAACAGGUGCGUCUACGUCACAUGACGAUUAGGAAGUAUCUGAGAGUUGAUGCCAACAGAGAGAUUACACUAACAGAUGAUAAUGAAGAUCCAAGAACAGUGUUCAGACUACACAGUGUUCUUAGUUUUUCUCUAUCAAGUGACCUUUCUCGACAGAUCAAUUUAUUUAAAGACAUUGCUGAAAAUUUAUGGAUUAAUAAAAUAAACCGAUUUUCUUUAAUGGAACGGGAUGAAAUUCAUUUUGAAAGUUACGCCAGAAUUGAGCACGUAUUAACAGGCUUUUGGCUCCAUGCCUUAAAGGAUGAAGAUUAUAUCAGAAAGCAAUUCCGCCAUAUUGAUGACACUACAGAUCAGAGUAUGCGUGGUUUAAGAUGGGAUACUGCUCAAGUUCGACAGGUAGCAGCAAGUGGUGAGAGCAUGUAUGAUGAUGCUUUCACGAUUCAAUUUGUAGAAAAACAAUUUGUGGAUGAUUUUAAUUAUGUCUCAGGAAUGGUACCUUGUCUUCUUUCACUUAUUUAUGACCGGGCCGAAGGUCAUAUACUGAAUGCCAAGAAAACCCAUCAGACUUUAACGGCAAUGGAAGAAUUACGGAAGUUUAUGUUUGUGCAAGGUCUAACAAGUAAAAACCGCCAAAAACUCAUGAGAAAUUUACGGGUCAUAGAUUUAUUGGUGAAGAUAUUACAAUGUCCAUUGAAUGGUGUUCCUGAUGAAGCUAACUUAAUCCAAGUUUUCAAAGAAGCCUACGACACGCUUUAUACCUACAUGAUAGGAAAGAGUAGAAAAAAUGCCCUUUAUUUCGCCAAAUAUAUUGACUUCUUCCAAACACAAUUUACUCAAAAGGGUGGUAUAGGAUUAAAUGUAGCUCAGAUGAUAGUGGAAUUAAUACGAGAUAAGAGAAAAAUUGUUGAUAGAAUAACUCAUUCUCAGAUAGACGAGUUCGUUUCCUUACUACAAACAUCACAGAAUUACCGGUUUUUAGAUCUACUACAUGUAUUAUGUGUAUGUGAUGAUAUAGCUAUACCCAACAACCAGUCGUAUAUAGUUAAACGAUGGUUACAAUGUGAAAAGAAAGGUGUAUAUUUAACUGCCAGGGGACAGGAUAUCAACAGACAACCCAAUAUACUCUACUUAUCUACAUCUAAUGGACAAGACUGGAUGGCACUACACGAAUUUGUUGAUGAAUCCAAUCCCUAUUAUAAUAAAGACCAACACGAGUUUCUGAUUCACCAGCUAGAUCUUUACAAAGCUUUGAGUUAUGGUCGUAAUGAUUAUGCUUCUAAUAUCAUCACUAAAGAGUUGCGAUAUUUAACUUGGGAAGAAACCUUCUUGAGUUUGCGAUCCGACAUUUUACCAGAUGCCAUUAGAGCUAAAUAUUGUGACCUUACGACAAGUUUGUUUGUGGACGUUGGUAAUAACUAUUCCGUACUAGAUCAUCCGAACAUCUGCUUCGUUUAUGAUUAUGUUGGUUCUAAAGAUGAAGAAAAGAGCCAAGGGGAUUUUGUGAUCAAAGAACUGGUGGCUAUAUUCCCUGUAUUAAGAGAUUGGAUAGCAGAAUUUCUUAGAGAUAACAGUUUUAUGAUAGCUUGUAAUAUAGGUCAUAAUAUGUUGAUAGAACAGGUAUUGCGACUACUUUAUCAUCUGGUGAAGUUUGGAUAUUAUCUGGAUGCUGAAGAUGUCAGGAAUCUUCUACCACCAUUAUUAAACCUUCUAGAUGGAAGACAUGAUUAUCCUUUCCCCCAAGACAAAGAAAAGGGAUAUUCCAAAGAUGCCAUGAAGAGUGUAACCCAAUAUCAACUAGUAGAUAGAUACUUAGUUUGCCCAGAAACUUUAGCUAUUGUUAAUGCUAAAUUCCAGGCAUUAGAAGUAUUAGAUUUACUUUUAACAUAUCAAAGAAACUCAAGAUUACAGAGUUUCGUUGGAAAGUUUAAAAUUGCUGAAAUAUCAACUACUCAAAAACGUCAGAAUGUUUUAACACCCAUGUUAUAUGAACAGUUUAAUCCUCAUGACCAAUCAAAAAAAGCGUUAAAGAAACAACGACAGAUUAUAAAAGAAUUAAGAGACAUGUUCAAUUCAUCAGCCAUAUUUGACGUGGAAUUAUUGACUAAAAUCCUGAUGGAUUUAUCGCAGUAUAAAUAUAACAAGAUGAUCACCAAAUCUUUAAAUAUUUUAAAUAAAGUUUAUUCUUCUAAAACUAACAUGUUUAAAUUGUCUACUAAAGCUGUGGUACUACUUACUCAAGAUUCGGCUCGAGUCCAUCGAGAAGUUUUAAAGAAUUUGCCAUUAUUGAGGAGGUUGGCUAGAGCUAAAUUAGAUGAUCAACAAGUCAAAUUAAUGUGUAGUAUAUUAGAUGACAUGGCAGAGUUCUGUCAUCUACCCAUGACGCCAGAUGAACCACAUCCAAUGAAUCAAAAUAUACUGAUUAGUAAUGGUAUAUUACAUAUAUUAUUUGAUAUUCUUGUACAGGAUAUUGAUAUCAAACUAUUUUUACUAGCCAGGGAAAAUGAACGAGUACAAUUUUAUAUAUUUGAAAGACUUGAUGUCUUGUUAGAAGUACGAGUUGUUGAAUCCGAUCUGGCUAUAGCCUUGAGGGAGGUGUUUUCUGGAAACCAAAACACAUGUCUGAAAAUAAACCCACGACAAAUACAGAAAGUUGUAAAUAGAGCAGCGGAAUUACAAGAGAGAGGUCCCGAGUUUCUAGAUCUGUUAGGAAUGAUAGUUAAAGUCACUGGAACUGGUUUAACUUUAAAAAGAAAUCAAGCGUUUGUUAUGAAAUAUAUCAUGCAGAACUACAAAAAAGUUGCAUUUGUUUUGGAUACAACCCAAGAAGAGAGAGAGGUGAUAUUAACCCUAACAGACCGAGUAUCAACGUUACGGUACUUAUUAAGUCUAUUGGAUCUGUUGGCAGCUUGUGCAGAGGGUGAGAAUAUGUUUAUAGAGUCAUUAUGUCAAACUAUUUUACCGAUGGAAGAUUUAUUAUGGGUAUUAAAUAAUCCUGCUGUAGAGAAUUUAUUAAAGAAACCCUUCCUGAGAUGUUUACAUCAUGUUUAUAUGAAAAGUAACGGUGCUACAGUUGAUGUUAGUACGAGUGAAAUACCACAUGAUAGCGAUUUAUGGGAAUAUCUUCAAUCUCUAACGACUGAGUUAAAUAAAGUAACCGAUACAGCUAAAGAAGACCCAGAUAAACUUGCAGCUAACCUCAAAUCACCACCAACAAAACCAGGAGGUGAUGGAUUCCAUGCUGCCGAUUCAGAAUCAUCAGUUUAUGGUACAGUUCUCUACAUGUUGGAAGGGUGUUUUCCGUUCCUCGAGACUUUCUUUAAAGAGUUUUACUUUCCUGAUCAUUCUACCAAUGGUAAUGAGAUAGAGAUAACAGAUCAGCUAGCUAAAGCAAUUCUGGUGUUUAGUGAAACAACCGGACCAUUACUUUACAAACCAAACCACAUGAAAAACAUGGUGAAUGCCUUGACAGUGUUGAUACCAAUAUCAAACCUUUCAAACUCGAGCUUAGAAAAUGUAUUGGAGAGAUUUGGUUCUGGUAUAACAGUGGAAGAUACGUCAUGUGCUAUCAGAAGGGGUAACAUAGAAUACUAUGCUGAUGAAGUGGACCUCAACACAAAAUUCCGAUUUUUUGCCAAAUCAGCAGCGGUAGUGUUUGCUGGUCAUAAUAGUGUUAAUGCUCAACUAAAGCUAAAAUCUAAAAGAGAAUAUACUAUUAUUGGUGGUGACGAAGAGUUACCAUUGGGUGAUGAAUUCCAAAGUUUGGUCAAAUGUUUUGUAAAUGCCCAUGAAAAGAAACCCGCCAAAAAGGUUGAAUCUGCUUCCAAACUUAUCGAACAAUUAGAUAUCAGCCAAGAAAGUAAACGGCUAUCAGAAACAGCUAAACAAGAAAUGGAUGAGUUGAAUAUAAAAUGUCUACAGGUUCUUCGAGCUAUAAUUCAUAAUGAAGAAAGAAAACUUCCAGAAGACUGGGAAACCAGAACUUCAGAACCGAAGAUCCAGGCUCAGUUAAAGAUUAUCUCAACAAUCCAGAAUUUCUACGAUGCCCGAGGAUCAAUGAAUAAAUCUCUACCUCAUCUUGCCUCCCGAAAUGAUGAAAUAGCUAAAGAGGUCUUAGCAUUCCUUUGUAUUAUGUUGUUCAAUGCUAAUGCAGUGGUUCAAUCGUCCAUGUUGAAAUAUUUCUUGUCGACGAGAGAAGAAGUAUUCUUCAUGGCAGUCAGAGACAGAAUGGCCCUCAGUACAAAUUCCAUCAAAGAAAAACGUUCGUUACAAGCUCAACAAGAUGCUAAGCUUAAAGAUGCACCAACAGGCGGUAAAAAGACUGUUAGUACAUUUGCUGUUAGUUUGGCGGCCUUGAAGCAAAUCAAGGCUUAUGAAGAUGCUUUACGACAACAAAGAAUAGGUGGAUGGGCGACGAAGAAGAAGCCACCCGGAAAGAAGAAAAAACAAAAGAAGCCAAAAGAGCCGAAGAAGAGAAAAGAGCCAAAGAAGGUUAAGAAAGAAACUCAAGCAAAUGGAUUGAAAAAAGAAGUGAAUUUUACGAAUCCAUUAGUAAUCAAAGAAGAUCAAGCUUUGAUUGAUCCUCCAGAACACGAAUUGGAGAUUGCUGUACAGAUUGAGUCUGAACCAGAGCCAGAGCCGGCCCAAGCAGAAGAAACCAAUGCAGCGUUAGAAUACAGAAAUGAUGGUUAUAUAGAGUUAGUGCUUAAAGUGAUGGCUAGGAUGUGUGAUGGCCAGAAUAAACAACUUCAGGAUUAUCUGCGUGAACAGCCGGAUAAUGUUAAAUCAUUUGAUAUAAUUGCUGAAGUGACAAGGUUCCUGAACGUUGUUUACUCCAAUAUUACUGGUAAAAACAUCGAUUUAGUUAUACAACUGUUUGAAACCAUGAAUGAAUUUACAGCGGGCAAUCAAGAAAACCGAAUAGUAAUAUAUGAUAAUAAGAUAAUAGAUUAUAUUAAUUUUAUCAUGAGAGCGGGAGAUUUCGAUAAUUGUAUCACUGACAAGAUUCUAGAACUCAGACAAAGUAUAGCCAACCUAGUCAUGUCUUUAAUAGAAGAAAAUGGCGACGGUCCUUCUCAGGUCGCCAUGGAAGUGAAAGACACAUUGGACAAGAAAGCUGUGGUAGCACUAAUGACAGAAUGUUAUGAGAUGCAUCAACCAGAUAAAAAUAGAAAGGAAGACAUGAAGCUAGCAAUGAUGGCUGCUGGUGGAGGUUCAACUGGUGCUCUGUCUACUGCUAAAACAUUCGCUAUGGCUGGUGGUAGCUUCCUUCAAGGGGUUGUGAAAAAAGAGAAAAAUGAAUUUGCUGAACAGUAUAUGGAUGUUGGAUUCAGUUUAUAUUUAUUAUUAAAUAGAAUGCAUGAUACAGAUUCUAAACUUAUUGAAAACAUAAAAUUACAGCCAUUACAACAAAAAGCUUUUAAUUUCUACAAGAAGAAUUCAAUGUCAAUUGAAAUUGUGAAAGAAGAUGAUCUUCAGAAGAUUAACUUCCGAGUCAAAAAUAAGAGAGUUUUAAGAGAAGAAGUAAAGGAAAAAUUAAAAUGGGGUGUGAACAGAUCAUCACCAAGUAACAAAAUACGAGACCUCAUGGCUUGGACUAAAGACAUUAUGAAAGACAUCGCCUAUCAACAACGAAUACUCAGUAAUUUUAUUGCAAUCUGUCUUACAAAGGGAUGGUUAUUUUGGAAUCAUGGUGUCACCAUAAUCAGUUUUGCUAUCAAUAUAUUAAUGUUGGUAACAUGGAAAGCUAAAGGAUCACUAGAAACACCUGGGAUAAUGGAUAAUGCUACUGGUAUACCUCAUGCCAUUAUCGAUCCUGUGCCAUCUAUAAUAAAUCUGGGCCAGUCGAGUUAUGAAAUAACAAUAAAAACUUUGGGAGGAGCUCACAAUUUCUUUUCCUUAUUAGUACUUAUUAGUUAUUUUGUUUGUAACCACCCACGAUUGCCUGACUUUAAAAGCAUCAUGACUUCUUGCAAGAGUAAAUUUAAGAAGAAAUCGGACGAUGAUGAAAUUGAUAAAAAGAAAGAACAUCAGUCUAAAUUAGACGCCCAGUUCUUCAGCUUUACUACCUUUUACUAUAUGGUAUUUUUAGCUUUAUCAAUUGGAGGGACUUUUACCAGUGGUUAUUUUUUCGCCUUCCAUCUGUUAAAUAUAGUUAAUAAUAACCAGUUACUUAGUGGAGUUAUUAAAGCCGUCACUCAGAACGGUAAAUCAUUACUAUGGGUAGCUGUAUUGGGGCUGGUGGUCUUCUAUCUGUAUGGUAUUAUUGGUUUUGCUCUAAUGAGGAGUAUGUUUGACCCUAAAGACUAUUUAUAUUGCAAUACACUAUGGCAAUGUACUAUAACUGUUGUACGAUAUGGUCUUAUUGGAGAUCUUUUCGAGGUGAUGAAUCCACAUGAUAAUGAGAAAACCUUUGAGAAAUUUGGAGUCGUUGUAUUAUAUCAUGUAUCAUUCUUUAUAUUUAUUACAACCAUUGGUCUGAAUAUUAUCUUCGGUAUCAUUGUGGAUACAUUUUCAGAACUUCGAGAUUUAAAGUGGACGGCUGAAUCUGAUAUGAGAGACAUCUGUUUUAUUUGCAGUAGAAAUAGUUAUGAUUUUGAACAUCACGGGAAGGGCUUUGAUCACCAUGUAAGAUAUGAACAUAACAUGUGGGCGUAUAUCUUCUUUUUUAUACAUCUAAAUGGUACUAAAGUCAAUGACUAUACAGCACUGGAGAUGUAUGUCUAUAAACUACUUCAGAAAGAAAAUUUUGAUUUUUUCCCGUUGGAUCGUGCGUUAUCCUUAUCAUCUAUGGGUAAAGAUUCUACUGAAACUAAACUUGAUGAUCUCUUAUACCAAGUUACUACUAUAGUUGAAAAACAGAGAGUGGAGGAGCUGGAGAAGAAACGGCGCGAGGAACGCAUGCGUCAAAAGAUAUGGGAGCAGAAACAUCGUUUGGGAUCAUUCAGGCGUAAAGCUCGUCUGCCUGGUCCAACUGAACCCGAUCCUUUGAUGCAGCUUCAGGGUGCUUCAGGACAAUUAGAUGAAAGCAACAGACUUCUACAACUGAGCCCCUUAGCCCAGUUGGCCCAACUGGGUCAACAAGUGGCUCGUCGUGCCAGUAUGGGAGGGGAACAUAGGGCUGAUAUGGGCCCUACUCUUCGUCAACACAGUAUAGCUUCUUCACAUGGUCGUCAUGGACGAGGUGGUGGUGGCGGUGGUAGUCCAUUAAGACACGAUUCAACGGAGCAAAGAUACUUCCGAGGUUCAAGCCCAUCUCGGUAUGAUGAAGAACCUUUCCCUCGUAAUUUAAGUCCAGUUCGUUACGAUGACCGAACCAGAAGUCCAUCUCGAUCACGACAUGGUAGUGAACCGGAUUUAAUGGGACUUAGCCCCGUUCACUCUCGACGUGAGCCAUCUCGAGAUUAUGGAAUGCUUAGUCCUAAAUGGGUAGAAAGUAGAGCAACGAGUCCUCGGGGAGCAUCAAUCUUUUUUCCGGAUUCCGACUCCUUGUCUGUUCAUAGCUUACGAGAUGCUCCACCUUCUGGACAACUACCUGAUCCUUACCUUGAUUCCAUUGAAACGGGACCAUUCCUGAUUGAUCCACCGGAACCUCAGAGAAGCACUAGUAGAGAUACAGAAAGUGCUGAAAGUGGUAAUUCUGGAGACUUCACUCGUUUGGAAACCAGACUGUAA